AUGGGAUUCCUGCGAGGCAUCGGCCCUCUCGAAAUUAUCAUCAUUCUUGGCCUGAUAUUGUUGGUCUUCGGGUGGCGGAGAAUGCCGGAGAUUGGCAGUUCCAUGGGCAAGGGCAUUCGCACGUUUAAGUCCGCGCUGCUUGGCGAUGACGAGAAACCACGCCAGGACCCGCCUGUUGCCAAGAGCGGCGACGAGUCCAGCCCCUACUAA